AUGACGAAUAGAUUAGGAUGAUCCAUAUAAACCCGUGGAUUUGGCAAAAUAAUGGAUUUCGUUUCUGUCGUCGACGAGUUCACAUCGAAAAUGUCUUACCUAGGUAAAGUGUACUCUUUGGUAAAGCAGGAGAACUUUGAUGGUUUCCUCAAAUCAGCGGGUCUCUCCGAUGACAAGAUCCAGGCCCUCGUCUCCGACAAGCCGACCCAGAAGAUGGAAGCCAAUGGUGACUCCUACAGCCUCACCACUACUGGCAUCGGUGGUGAAAAGACCGUCAGCUUCAAAAGUGGUGUUGAAUUCGAUGAUGUCAUUGGUGCCGGUAAUUCUGUGAAAUCUAUGUACACCGUCGACGGCAACGUUGUCACCCAGGUAGUCAAGGGUGACGCCGGUGUCGCCACCUUCAAGAAGGAAUACAACGGCGACGACCUCGUCGUGACAAUCACAAGCAGUAACUGGGACGGCGUCGCACGCAGAUACUACAAGGCUUAAAUUAUUUGUAAUUAAGUUUAUUAUCUUUUAAAUUAUUUUUUUGUAUAUGUAGUUUUUUUUCUGUUUCAUCUCUUUGAUCGUUAAAGCCGUUGGGUUCCUUGUUGGGCGCCAUUAAAGAGUACUGCAAUACCGAUAAAUUGCUCAAGGAAUUGCAGUGUACCUGA